AUGGAGGAAAAUAUCAGCUGCAUGGAGGAAGAAUGCCUGAUCGAGAGGAGGAGGACUACUACGCUAAAGGAGUGUAAAGAGAUAUUGCAGGAAGAAAAAUCCGACCGUUAUAGCAAAGAAGCCUUUAGAAGACUCUUUCAUGAUCAGGUACUUCUUGGAAAAUUAUUUAUACUGUUCGAUCAAGACCGUGAUGAGUUACUAAAGCAGGAUGACUGGAUUGAGUUUCUCAAGAGGCGGUUGACAAAUGAGAAGCAAAAUGAUCUUGUCGAUCAGAUCGAAAGCGUGGCGUACGUGCUGUGCGGGGAGAAUCCGAUAAAUCUCGCCAAUUUCCAGCAGAUUUUUCAUACCAAAGGGAUUGUUGAAAAAUUGUUCCGGUUAAUUGAUCAAGAGAACUCAGGAUAUGUUACGUCCACCCAGAUCAUGGAAAUCAUAUCUAGCAUGAGUAAAACCAGGCCACCUGCCGGCUUCGAUAAAGGAAAUCUUGAGUGGCUGGAGAAGAUAUUUAAGCAGACUGUCGGAAACGAGAGAGAGAUCCGACGCGAGGAAUUUAAAAAGAUCGUCACUUCGAAAAAUCCGUUCUUCACCGAGAGGGUUUUCCAAAUAUUCGACAAGGACAAUUCCGGCGCAAUAUCGCUGCAGGAAUUUAUAGAGGCCAUGCAUCAAUUCGCCGGGAAAUCACCGGACGAUAAGAUUAGGUUUCUCUUCAAAGUUUAUGAUAUCGACGGCGAUGGAUUAAUACAACUUCGAGAGUUAGAGCACGUGAUGAGAGCCUGCAUGGAAGAAAAUGGAAUGAAGUUCAGUGACGAUCAAAUCGAGGAUCUAACGAUCGCACUCUUCGAGGAUGCCGAUCAAGGUAACAGAGGAGCGAUCACUUUCGAAGCUCUGAAGAGGCAACUGGAAAAGCAUGAUGGUUUGCUGGAAAAUCUCUCUAUCAGCAUAGAUCGAUGGCUAGUACCACCACAGCCAAAGCCGAAACGGAAAUCUACCUUGGGAGUGUUUUCGUCUCUUCGUCCGUAUCAACUCACGAAACCGUACAUGAAGAACAAUUACGUCUACAUCACCUUCAUCUCGAUAUUCAUCCUGAUUAACGUGGCUCUCUUUGUUUCUCGUCUUCAUCAAUACCGAAAUGACAGCGGUUACGUCAUGCUCGCGCGUGCAUCCGGACAAUGCCUGAAUUUUGACUGUACGUUCAUCCUGGUCCUCAUGCUACGCCAAUGCAUCACAUUUUUGCGAACAAAUGGUUUUAACUCUGUAGUUCCUCUGGAUCAUCAUAUAUAUCUUCACAAAGUGGCGGGACUUUUAAUCGGAUUUUUCAGCAUCAUACACAUUCUGAUGCAUCUCAUUUACUUCGCUACGGUGAUAAUGAAGGACGACAAAAUGAACAGUGAAAACUACACGAUGAUCGAAUGGUUGCUGACAAGUCGACCUGGGCACUAUGGUUUGGUAGCAGGUACUGCAUAUCCUACUGGAGUGAUCCUACUCGUUAUACUCGUCAUCAUGACUGUCUGUUCGAUGUCUUUUGUACGGCGCGGAGGGUGCUUCGAGGUGUUUUAUUGGUCCCAUCUGCUAUACAUACCAUUCUGGAUUCUGAUGAUCUUUCACGGCCCGAAUUUCUGGAAGUGGUUCAUCGGACCGGGUAUAAUAUAUUUAGUCGAGAGGAUUCGUCGACUUGUAUGGCUACGUUCUCAGCGAGGGAAAACGUACAUAAGUUCCGGCCUGUUGUUACCUUCGAAGGUGACACACCUGGUCAUCAAGAGACCGCCGCAUUUUCAUUUUCAUCCCGGCGAUUACGUCUUCGUUAACAUUCCGGUAAUAGCGGGAUACGAGUGGCACCCGUUCACCAUUAGUAGCGCUCCGGAACAGGAAGAUUACAUGUGGCUGCACAUUCGCGCGGUCGGCGAAUGGACCAAUAGUCUGUACUCGUACUUCGAGAAGGAACAAAUCAAACUUCACAACGGCGAUAUUUUACCUAUUGAAAAUGCUGCAAAUACCCGCAAGAAGUCAUUCCUCAGCAGCAAGAAGCCGCCUCUUAUCGUGAAACAAAAGCCCUCGACGGAAACCCUGCAGCAUCCGUAUGGUCUCGACAAUCCCAUGUUCGUAUCUGAUUUGGCGAAGGCAAUGUCACCCUCGAGUACACCUAUUAAUAAUCAAUCUGCAUACUUAAAAACUCCGGAAAAUACACCAGGAUCGGAUAAGGAUUCUAUAGCUAUGAUGGGAAGAGACAGGAGGCUCCAUCAGCUGCUUCUUGGUAGCAAACUGCCGCUCGAAAAGUCACGCUCGAUGCCUGAUAUGCAAACGAAGAAGAAGAAGAAAGAACGACUAAGAGUACUUCGCGAUUAUAUGAGAUCGGAAUCAGAGAGGAGCUUCGACGAAUGUCAGAUGAAACGCGCGCGAUUGAAGUCGUUGGGCUUGGCAUACCUGAGUCCGCAAAAUAAAUCGUUGGCCCAAAGUUUCCGAUACAUGCGGACGAAGCCAACCAUCAUCGCUUUUAAGACACCCAGUUUCGAAACGAGCGAUUACGAUGUCGACGCACCGUCGAAUUCCGCGUCCAAUGCUAACGCGGGGGCAAAUGAAGUGACAUCGACCACACCGGUGGAUAUGCAAGUCGCCGUGGAAGAGGGAAGAUUGAAGAAAAAUUUCAGUGAAAAUUUCAGUACAAAUAGUUUGGGAAGCUUAGAUCCGUCGCUCGAAAAUUCCUCUCAUUCGUCUAUAAAUUAUCCCGUAGGGAAGCCAUUGGAGAUUUUCCUAGACGGUCCUUAUGGGGCGCCGUCGAGUCACAUCUUCCGAGCGCAGCAUGCCGUCCUAAUUGGCACGGGAAUUGGAGUUACACCUUUCGCCUCCAUACUGCAAUCGAUCAUGCAUCGAUACUGGAAAGCGAGGCACACCUGUCCGAAAUGCUCGUUUUCCUGGGCCAGCGAAAUUCCGCACACUGUGAUGAAUUUGCGAAAGGUGGACUUCUUCUGGAUUAAUCGCGAUCAACGUUCGUUCGAGUGGUUCUUAAACUUACUAUCUCAACUUGAAAUGGAACAAGCUGAGUUAGGUAUCACUAUGGAACGCUUUUUGGAGAUGCAUAUGUACAUCACAAGCGCGUUGCAAAAGAAUGAUAUGAAAGCAGUUGGCUUACAAUUAGCGAUGGAUCUCUUGCAUGAAAAGGAAAAACGAGAUCUUAUCACAGGUUUAAAGACUAGAACGAACGCGGGUCGUCCUAAUUGGGAUAAGGUGUUCAAGCAACUCCAGGACAGGAAGAAAGGAAAGAUCACGGUGUUUUAUUGCGGUCCACCUCAACUCGCCAGAAUCCUUCGAUACAAAUGUGAUCAGUUCGGGUUUUGUUUCAGAAAAGAGUCCUUUUAAUAUCUCCAAAAGAAAUGGAUUUCUCUCGAUAAUUAUAUCGGCGUGGAAAGUUUAUGAAGAAUGUUA